AGAUUUACCGUUAAAAUGGCCGUUUCAAACUUUAUUCUCAGCGUGUUUUUCGGUCCCAUCUCUGUCUCUCUCUCAGAUCUUCUUGUCGAAGAAACUUCAUUGGAACAACGUUUGUAACAUCGGCAGUUCCUAUUUGAAUCUUUGAGAUUGUCAGCAAAGAUGCUUGGUUGCGAGGGAUUGGCAGGGGUUCUUAUGAAGAGAGCUGGGACUAGUGAGCUGGAUGUGUUCUAUCCGGUUAGAUCAGAAUGUCAAGCCGACGUCCCGAAGACCCGUUUUAAGCUCAGGGCUGGAAAAACCCUUAGUGCAAGAAGAUGGAACUCUGCAUUCUCUCAAGAUGGGCAUUUGGACAUUGCAAAAGUGCUUAGAAGGAUCCAACGAGGGGGUGUUCAUCCUUCAAUCAAGGGGGUAGUCUGGGAGUUCUUGUUAGGCUGCUUUGAUCCGAACAGCACAUUUGAAGAACGGAGUCAGCUCAGGGAACAGCGCAGGGAGCAGUAUUGGACGUGGAAAUCCGAAUGUCAAAAGAUGGUUCCGGUUAUUGGAAGUGGAAAGUUAAUUACAGCACCUAUCAUUGCUGAUAGUGGCCAAACAAUCGAAAAAAAUUCUUCAACACAAAGUGAUUUACAAGAACAGAAUGGUGGGCAGGUCAAUAAUGCUGUAUCAGACAAGAAAGUGACUCACUGGAAGCAGGCUUUGCAUCAAAUUGGUCUUGAUGUUGUUCGCACAGACCAAACACUUGUCUUUUAUGAGAGUCAAACUAAUCAGGCAAAACUUUGGGAUGUUCUUGCCAUUUAUGCUUGGAUGGACAAUGAUAUAGGUUAUAUUCAAGGAAUGAGUGAUAUUUGCUCACCAAUGAUAAUUCUUUUGGAAAAAGAAGAAGAGGCUUUCUGGUGUUUUGAGCAUGCAAUGCGAAGGCUGAGAGAAAACUUUAGAUGCAGCACAAGUUCAAUUGGGGUACAAGCUCAGCUGAGCACACUCUCGCAGAUAAUCAAAGUCAUUGAUCCAAAGCUUCAUCAACACCUUGAGGAUCUAGAUGGUGGGGAAUAUUUGUUUGCAUUCCGCAUGCUGAUGGUACUUUUCCGGAGAGAGUUUUCCUUUGUGGAUGCGUUGUAUCUUUGGGAACUGAUGUGGGCCAUGGAAUACAAUCCAAACAUCUUCUCAUCAUAUGAGGCGCAAACAAAUGCUGGAGAUAACAGUGUUGCAUCCGAAAUAAAUGAAAAACUGCUGCAGCAAUUUGGAAAAUUUGAGAGGAGGAAUUUAAAGACUGGAAAUAUUGAGAGACAUAGGGCACUUGCUGUUUUUCUUGUUGCAAGUAUUCUUGAGACAAAGAAUAAGCGACUUCUAAAGGAAGCUAAGGGUUUGGAUGAUGUUGUCAGGAUCGUGGGUGACGUAACUGGAAAUCUGGAUGCUAAAAAGGCAUGUAAGGAGGCGUUAAAGAUUCACAAAAAGUAUCUGAGUAAGGCCAGCAAGUCAUAGGUAAUGCUUUGGAUCAUCAAUCACCCCAAUCUUUACAUGCUCCAAAGAGGCUGCAUUGGGGCUCACUUUGCUCAGGUGUUAACUUAUUUUUGAUAGAGCUUCACUUCGGUUAUAGUAACUCUCUUCCUCUCUCCUUUCCCCUAUGGUUAAAAGCUGAUGCCAUUUUUGAAAAGUCAGAGUUGCAGGUUUAGUACCUUAGAUUUGUUGUGAUAUGCUUCUGCAGCAUCAUGGAGCUUUUGAGUUUUAUUUGAAAAAGGGUUUCAGCUGAAGAUGGUCCAUGUAUUUUCACUUCUUUACUUUCCACACUUCCUUCUCUGGCUUAGACUACUGUCUUUUUAUUACUUUUAUUUUUACCAUCUAAGACAGUUCAUAUUAUUUAUUUAUUUCAUAAAGUUAAUUGCCAAAGAAAGAAUAUCAAACAAA